UUGAAGUACUUCAGGAGCGUUCAGUUCCGUACGGGCAGUAUUUGUAAAUUUGCUUAAGUAACUUAUUAACGAUCACUGGUGAUCUCUCGAUCGGUCGCGCUUUGCAAAAGAUUGGUAGUAGUCAACAUGAAGGUGCUAAUUGCUCUUUCGGCCGUGCUGUGCGUCGUGCUGGCAAAGGACCAGCCGAGGAAAGCGAUCGUGUUCCUGAGCGGACACACCGGAGUCACAGGAAAUGUGACCAUCUCGCAGUCCUCCUGUUCAUCGAACGAACCCGUGUUUAUUGAAAUCAACGUUAUCGGGCUCACUCCCGGCAAGCACGGGUUCCACAUUCACGAGAAGGGUGAUCUGACUGACGGCUGUGCUAGCACCGGUGGUCAUUACAAUCCGGACAAGGUUAGCCAUGGUGCCCCGAAUGACCAGGUGCGUCACGUUGGUGAUUUGGGUAACAUCGUCGCUGAUGACAACGGCAUCGCUAAGACGUCCUACUCGGACACGGUUGUGUCGCUGUAUGGAGCCCGCAGCGUUAUAGGACGCGCGAUCGUUGUUCACGCCGAGGUGGACGAUCUGGGAAAAACCAACCAUCCGGACUCGCUGAAAACCGGAAACGCUGGUGGACGUGUGGCCUGCGGCGUGAUCGGAAUUGUAGCGCCCUUCGAUGAGCCGGACAAGGAGUGCAGUAGUGGCCAGCAGGGACUCCUGCCAGCGGUUGUCACGAUAGUGGCUUCGCUCUUCGUCACCCAGUGGCUCAUUGUGUAAAGACGAGGAACUGGCACACGCGUGUGUGCGUGUGGUGCUCGAAGGUGUGCGAGAGCGGUAUACGCGAGAACUAACGAUUAAUUAUGGCUUUCGGAAGAUAAUCUCUGGCAGUGCGUAGAGCAGAAGUUCCACCACGGCUCAACCGUCGUGCUUUCGUGUGGAUCCGAGUUCAUCGAACUCGCGCAACAUUUCCGUCCGAACACCUUCGUCCGUUGCUUUGGGCCAACAACUGCCAAUCGCCAAGUAGCUAGCAAGCGGCCAUCCUUUCUUGACCGUUAUUAUGUGCCGCAGCAUAUGUAAGAGGACUAACAAUAGACCGCCAACCCGUACAUAGCCGCUCGUUCAUCGGGGGCAGAUUCUUGGCAAAAGCUCGUCGGAAAGAAGACGAAGCUUUUGUCCACCGAGAAAAGAACGAAGUCGCAUAAGCACUUGUUUGCGUGGAAUGGUAUAUUUUUCAGCCCGUUCGCUCCCACUACGGCUCCAUGGACAUCUUCCACCUGACCGCUUCCGUUCCAGCACACCCGACCAUCGUCGUUAUUAGUUUGUUACUGUUGUUCUGUUCUUUGUUGGGAUCGUUUUUUGGGUAAAUAAAGCAAACCCAGGUGGCGUCGUCGACA